UCCUUUUCAUUCUCCUCUUCCACUUCCUUCAAACUAAAAAAAAAAAAAUUAAUAAAUUGCCACCAUGAAGCCAAACCAAGUUUUUAAUUCACUCAAUCCCCAAGAACUCUCCAAGCUCGAUAAAACUAUCAAAACCUACCACACUUUUUCUCCAUCUCCAAACACAUGCACAUCCUUCAUCAAACAACGCAUAGAAGCUCCUCUUACCAACAUCUGGCCUUUCGUUCGCGAUUUCGCGAACCCCAAAAGGUACAAGAGCUUCAUCAAGAGUUGCAAAAUAAGAGCCGGUGAUGGAGAAGUUAUCGGUAGCAUAAGAGAUGUUGCAAUCGUCUCAGGGCUGCCAGCUUCCUCAAGCAUCGAAAGACUGGAGAUGCUCGACGAUGAGAAGCAUAUUCUGAGCUUCAAAAUUUUGGGGGGUGAUCACAGGCUGCAGAAUUAUUGUUCAGUCACUUCUGUUUGUGAGUUUGAGAAGGAAGGUAAUGGGAGUGAAUUUGAAGUUUAUAGCAUUGUUUUGGAGUCCUAUGUUGUGGAUAUUCCUUUGGGAAAUAGUGAAGAGGAGACUAGAUCUUUUGUCAACACUUUGGUGAAGACGAACCUUGGAAAGCUUGAAAAAUUGGCAAUGGCGUCUUUGAAAGGAAAUUGAUGGAUAUAACUGGUGUGUGAUAAUAAGUUAGCUAGCUCUAGAUGUUUCAAUCGUCUCACGGCUGCCACCUUCCUCGAGCACCGAAAGAUUGGAGAUGCUCGACGAUGAGAAGCAUGUUGUGAGCUCCAAAGUUUUCGGGGGGUGAUCACAGGCUGCAGAACUAUUGUACAGUCACUUCUGUUUGUCAGUUUGAGAAGGCAGGUAAUGAUAGUGAAUUUGAAGUUUAUAGCGUUGUUUCGAAAGUCCUAUGUUGUGGAUAUAUAUUCCUGAUGUAAACAGUGAAGAGGAGAGAAGAAUUUUUGUGAACAGUUUGGCGAAGACGAACCUUGGAAAGCUUGAAAAGUUGGCAAAGGCUUUGGCGUCUUUGAAAAGGAAAUGGAUGGAUAAGAUAGGUGUGUGUAAUUAAUUAUUUUAGAUUAAUUGUGUCCUAGGUUUGUGAUUAUGACUUGGUUUAGUGUUAUUAUUAUAUAUAUUGUGUGUAAUGUUGUAAAUGUUUUAUUAUAUUAUGGCUAUUAAUUAAGCAUGUUUAAUUAU